AUGUUACCUCAGCUGGAACGACCGGAGUUUGACAGAGAUUCCUCGUUGGAGCUCAUGGGGCAAUGUUCCUCGCUCUCGUCUAGUUUCUUCUCUUCAGAUGCAUCCAGCACGGACUCUGGUGGCCUACGUCGCCCGUCCCUCGCAUCUUCUACUUACUCGGCCUCGCCCGAGGCAUUCUGGACUCCUUCAGCAACGACAGCGAGUCCUACCACCCCCAUGAUGCUCGAUCCCGGCGCACACCUGACUUCCAAACAGUACAUGAAACCCUCGGCUUACCUUACCGACGGUCACCAUAUGUUCCAUCAGGUGCAAGAUGAAGAACGCGGUCCUCAUAGAUCCAUGUGGGAGACGCCCGGAUGUUCUGGUCUUUCUCUGCUGAAUGGCACGCAUGAGCUGCUCCUGACGGAAGUUAGCCGUCCAUUAUACCACGCAGACGUACACGGUUUGAGCCACGGCAACACAAAUCCAGCGUUGACGAAAUCGAUAUUUACUGGGCCCUCGAGUUCCGAGUCGGGUGCGAUGAUCAGGGUAACGGAUGACGAUAUGUUUGCAUGGAGAUCUGCAGCCAUUCAUCCUCCUGCAGAGACAAUAGAACCAAGUGUUGCCUUUCAUGGAACCUUGGCCAGCUCUCCAAGUUACAAGAUUGAGCCAUCCACACCUCUGAAAUUGCACAUAACUCCAUCGGCAAUCUUGAGCAGUAGUCCGCUGUCGAUGAUCUCCCCGCGCGUGCUGCCAUCGCAGCAUGACGUCGAGGAGUUAUCAUAUGGCUCGCUGCAGCAGGCUCUCGGUGAAGCCAAAAAGCAACGACCAAACACUGACCGGCUACAGCGGCGCCAUUAUGAGCGAAAGCGUCCUGCUAGUUUGUCAUCGAAGUCCAAAGCAACUCCGCCCAAGUCCGGUGUCAACUGUGAGCUGGUCAUCGCACAAAACGAAUUUGCCUGCAGCUAUCCGGGAUGUAUCGACAAACAUACCGGAAAACAGAAGCGAUUCAAAAGACAGGAGCACAAGAAGCGACACGAAAAGACUGUACACGAAAAGUCUAUGCAUACAACAUAUCGAUGUUGGGUUUCUGAAUGCAAUAGACCGUUCUCCAGAACAGACAACUUGAAAAGUCAUUUGAGAAAUACUCACUCCAAAAGGCCUGGGGUUCGGGGAAAUCGAUAUGUUGCCACACUGGACAAGAACAGCGAGUUCUAUGAUCCAGAUUGGGUGGGUGAGCUCGACAAAAAUGGGUAUCCGAUCCAUUGA